AGCACGAUACAUAUCUCUAGAACCUUAUGAUCAUUUAAUUUCUGUUACGCUCAAGUUACACUCUAUCAAGCAGCGUUUAGCUUGAACUUCGGAUCCUGACAUGUACCAUCCGGGUAAUAACAGACGACAUUUCCCAGUCUGGCAAUGAAGUUCUGGAUAUGGUAGCGCUGUCUCCAAAGAUGGGCAUCUUCCAUCUUCCAUUGACGCCACCAUCGUCUUCUGCUCUCGACUGGUCUGUGUGCGUUCCGUCCUCGAUCGAGCGCAAUCAAUCGACUCACGCUUCUCCCUCCCUGCCUUGCCCACGCUUCUAGCUUCUAGCUGCCACUGCCACGGUCACUGUCACUGAAGCUUGCACUUCCUCGGCUCGCUCCACAGACCCAACCUCGACCGCAAUUGCACUCAGCAAUUGGACUCUUCGUUUCCUCUUCCUCCUCCAACUCGCUCUGUCUCGCCCAUCACGUUGGUCACGCAUGCCUUCAACUUUCACCAACAACCUCGGUACAGAGCUGAAAUCUGGUGCCUACUUUAUCACUACUGCCCUGCCCUCGAAUGCUUUUAUCGGUCGGAAACUGGUAGACGACAAAGCUGUCGCGGAAGGCUUGUACGCGUCACAUGCUCGUAAACUUCUUCCUGUGGUUAGGCUUCCCGAGGAUAGUCAGGAUAUCGCCUGGGACUUCCAAGAACUCGAGAGGCGCAAGUUCAUCCUAAGGAGUCGUGGUGCACCAACAACUAUUGUGGACGGAGGCGUGGGUGCGUUGAUUGUAGCUUCACCGCCACCUACGCUGUGGACGAUAUCGCCGGCGAUUGGGAAUGGGGACGGUAUGUUUGUGAUCCAAACAGAGGACGGAACCGGAGGAUGGGUCGUGACAGGAGACGAGCCAGAUUCGCCAGUUGAGCUCCACCCUCUCACCCCAAGCAAGACCCAACCACCAGUCUACCCGCCUAACCAAGUGUUCAAAUUCACACUUGUCCGCUGACAAUUACAGGAGUGCUGGCAUUUCUGAUUGUUGGCUCUCUCAAGAAAGUGUAUGUACUGUGUGUAUCAGUAAUUUUGUCUAUUGUUCUGUGUUUUUUUUUUGGUGUUAUCGUCGCCCGAACGUUGUUGCGCCGAUUUUUCUUUCCUUGGGUGUGUAUAGGUUAUAUCGUAUAUGGCGUACCGGGUUUUAAACAGGGAGGCGUAACCGGUUGUUUUGAUUGAACUAUGUUGGGUAUAUGUAGGGUGUUUGGGUUUAAAGUGUUAUCAGCCGCAUACGUUGGGGGUGUAUCGAGUACAUCCUUUUUUCUCAUUACAUACAUAGCAAGUAGACCAUUACAAGUAAGCAAGUUUAUGCACUACUUACAUCAUCGGAUUCCAGGAAUCGGGAAUGAUCCAUCAUGAUGGGGUCAACUCUAACUUCCGGUCAAUUCGCCACACUGUCUACUGAGAUGCCCGACAUAUUGUAAUGGAGCUGUCAAUUAGGUUGUCGUCGUCCCUGCACCUUACCGACAUCGACGGACCAGAAACUAGGCGUUCAACGAUUCCAACAUUGAUCAGGCGUUGAAGAUUUCAUUGAAUACGACCGAACUCCGGAGGUCGAGGAUUCGAAGUGGCGAAGCUUCUUAAUCAUGAUAGAUGAUGGGUUUUGAGGGCGUUCCGUCAAAAGACCGUUAAAUGGAAGGAGCGGGGAUAUAGUAAGUAGCAGACAUCUUAGAAAGCAUUGUUGUCAGGGCCGACUUCCGAGGUAGACCGGGAUGCAUACAUGUCUCCUAAAUAGCGAGAACAUUUCCAGUUCUUGCAAAGGUCAAGAUGAUGUUAACGAUGACGGCUCGGCUGUUGGCCACGUUCACCG